CGCGUGCUCAGGCGCGCCGCCGCCUCGUCCUUCCCUUCCCCCAGCUCCAGCCCAACUCUUGGCUUAAUUGGGCCAGUCGGGAACGCGCGUCCGCGCGGCGGGUUUACUUUUCUUCAGGCGGCGGCGAAAGCGGUAGCUGGAGAAGUCACCGUCGAGGGUGGGUGAAAGAGUGGCGGGCGCGUAUGUCUCCGUGACCGGCCGUGAAGAGGCACUCCUCACCCCCUGCUGGGCGCCCCCUCCCCUGGCUAAGGAUUGACACGCAGCGCACCGAAGCUGGAGGGCGAAAGACCCGCGCCUGCCCCUCCUCCCACAGACAUCAUCAAUUCCUCUGUACCCCAGUGCCAUCCCUUUAAUUGCCAGCUGGCUGCCAAUACUAUCCAAGACCAAAUGCCCUUUCAUCACCCUUCUGUACUCGCAAGAGAGAAAGGUGGAUUUGAUUCUCCCAGUGCUUUUAUGCACACUGAAGUGGAAAUUCUGACCCAUAUUAUAAUGGGCUAUUUGGGUAUCACUGAUGACUAACAAUAUAAGAUGUCCACUGAAGGGCAAAGAGUUGAUGAUAGUCCAAGUACCAGUGGAGGCAGCUCUGAUGGAGAUCAGCGAGAAAGUAUUCAACAAGAUCAAGAAAGAGAACAAAUUCAACCCAAGAAAAAGGAGGGCAAAAUCUCUAGCAAAACAGCAGCUAAACUUUCAACCAGUGCUAAAAGGAUUCAGAAGGAACUUGCAGAAAUUACAUUAGACCCUCCUCCAAACUGUAGUGCUGGACCCAAGGGAGACAACAUUUAUGAAUGGAGAUCAACUAUACUUGGGCCUCCAGGUUCUGUGUAUGAGGGAGGAGUUUUUUUCCUUGAUAUCACCUUCUCGCCAGACUAUCCAUUUAAACCACCUAAGGUCACAUUUCGGACAAGAAUUUAUCACUGUAAUAUUAACAGCCAAGGAGUGAUUUGCUUGGACAUUUUAAAAGACAACUGGAGCCCAGCAUUAACUAUAUCUAAAGUCCUUCUCUCCAUCUGUUCACUUCUUACAGACUGCAAUCCUGCUGAUCCCCUGGUUGGAAGUAUUGCUACUCAGUAUAUGACAAACAGAGCAGAGCAUGACAGAAUGGCCAGACAGUGGACCAAGAGAUAUGCCACAUAGGAAACUGCUGUAGAACAUGCUGGACCUGUGCAAGCACAUUCACUAAGUGCAUCAGUAACCCUCCCUUUUAAUUUUUAUUAAAUUUUGAAGUAUUUUGUGAUAAAGUCGAUUAUACUUCCCCUUCCCCUUUCCCUUUUUAUUUUAUUAUUUUAUUUUAUUUUAUUUUUCUGCUGAACUUGAAAAAUGUAUCUUUAAAAUACAGAUUGGGAAUUUGGGUUACAGUGCAAGGAAUGUUGAAUCUGUAAUAGUAUAGAGCUUUGUCACAAAGCUUUGUAUUAAUGUACUUUUUCUUUUGUGUGUUUUGGGAAAAGCAAGCAAACUCAGAACUAUAUAUUGUUUCUACUUAAAUGUAGUGUUUAGAAGAUUUUUUUUUUUUACGGAAGUCUCUAAUGGUGGGUGCAUGUUACUGGGAACAGGUUUUCUAUAAAAAGCAUAAAAUCAAGAAUCACUGUGCAUUAUUAAGACUAUGUUUUAACACAAGGCUACUGGAUUGAACCAGGUGAUAUGUAUUUUGAUUUACUUAUAUUAAAAAGUGCUUGUAAAUUUCUUAGGGACCUGCCACUUUUGAUUACAGAUUAGUUGAUGUACACUUGUAUUAUUAAAACACUCAAUAAAAACACUGUGGCUAAUAAUAUGCAUUUCUUGUAAGGGAGUGCUUUUGCUCCUUGUGGAAUAGAUCCAAAUUGGCCCUGCAUUUAUCUGAGCCUAGAUAUAACUAAAGGGUGUUUCAUUUGUGCUUUCUUUUGAGCUACUCAUUUUUUGAAGAUAAAACUCCGGUGUUGGCAUUUGCAGACUCAUCGUAGAAAAUUAUCUCACAAGCAAAUUCUUAAAUGUGUAUUUUGUUACAACUCCUGGUUAAUUUUACGGAGUUGCUUAAAAGUCAGUGAACCGUUUUGAAUUUUCAAUAUUUCUGCAUAAAUAUGACCUAAAACAUGGUCUGUUCUGCACACAAGUCCUAAAUUAGAUAAAGAGAACCCAAUUAAACAAAUGAGUCAAAAACAUUAUACUGGUUCAUUGAUUUAUUAAGGAAAAUGAUCCAAAGCUACAGAUUUGUGCCUGGCAAAAGUAUAUGAACCUCUAGGAUUAUCAGUUCAUUUGAAGGGGAAAUUAGAGUCAGGUGUUUCAUUCAAUGGGAUGAUAAUCAGGUGGGAGUGUGGGAAGUCCUUCCUUAUUUAAAGAAUAGAAUUCUGGGUAUUCACUAUCUGAUCUUCACAACACAGAUAUGUGGAAGUGUGCAUGGUUCAAACAAAGGAGAUUUAUGAGGACCUCUGAAAAACAGUGGUUGAUACUCACCAGACUGGAAAAGGUUACAAAACUAUUUCCAAAGAAUUUGGACUCCACCAGUCCACUGUCAGGCAGAUCGUGUACAAAUGGAGGCCAUUCAAAAUUGUUACCCUGCCCAGGGGUGGUCAAUCAAGCAAGAUCACACUAAGAGCAAGGCACGUAAUAUUCUGGGAGGUCUCAAAGAAUUUCAGGAUAAUGUGUAAGGAACUAAAGGCCUCUCUUGCAUUGGCAAAUUUCAAUACCAUCAGUAAAACACCAAGCUGUAAUGGUAUGCAUGUCAGGGUUGCAAGGAGAAAGCCACUACCCUUCAAAAAGAACAUUGCUGCCUGUCUACAGUUUGCAAAGACCACGUAGAUAAGUCAGAAGGCUAUUGGAAGAAUGUUCUGUGGACAGGUAAGACCAAAAGAGAACUUUUGGGCUUGAAUGGAAAGCAUUAUGUUUGGGAAAAGGCAAACAGUGCAUUCCAGCAUAAGAACUUUAUCCUGUCUGUAAAAAAUCAUGGUGGCUGUAUCAAGGUUUGGGCCUGCUCUGCUGACUCUGGAUCAGGAUGGCUUGCCAUCACUGAUGAAACUAUGAAUUCUGAAUUGUACUGGCAAAUUGUAC